AAACGAAACAUACCAUUAGGGAUUUUGCACACAACUCUUUAGAAGAUUAAAGCCAAUGCCCCUAUCUACCUUUAAUCCAAGGAAGGCACUUGUGCCACUUCUUUUCCCGUCACAACGAUCAGCACACCAACCUAACCCUCCAUCCAUCGAGCAAUAGUAAGCAUAGUUAAAGACCACAACAUUGUCAAAAUUGCUAAGAUAUGAAGAGGCUAAGGCAAAAGGCAUCAAUAAGUAUGAUAGAGAGUUGGAAGAUGCUUUUGACAGGCUCAUUGUUGAGUGUGAUAGGAAGAUUGGUAGAGCUCUCAAGCACCUUGAGGAUGAGGAUGUGAAGGCUGCUAUUGCUAUAUCAGUCACUGAAGUUACUCAGAAGUACUAGAGCUUUCAGAGCAGAUUAAGGGGAAAUUGAAGGAAGCCAACCAAUAUGAUAUUUGUUUUUCCAUAUCUGCUCAGCUCCCUGCCAGAGAGGAGCAUGUUCUGGAUUCCUCAAAACAUACUGCUGCUGAUGUUCACAUUACCGAUCAAAAGCUACGGGUUUGUGACAUUUGUGGAGUAUUUUUGAGUGUUUAUGACAGUGAUUGACGUUUAGCAGAUCAUUUUGGAGGCAAACUUCAUUUAGGCUACAUGCAAAUCCAUGAUAAACUAGCAAAGCUUCAGCUCAGUUUUGUCUGCUGAAAGCGGGAAAGAAAGUGUAAAAUAUGAAAUCAAAUAAGAUAGAAAAAGUAGAAGAGUAGAAGAAAUGAUUUUGUUCUGGGCAUUUGAAGAAUAGAGGGAAAAAGGGCUCUUAAAAUCUGAUGAUAAACCUGAAGGAUGGAAGGCCUGGUUUGGUCAAGUUAAGCUGCCUAUUGAUUAUGCCUACCAUUUAAGUCUGACCUAAUAGUCUUGUGGAAAAGAGAAACAAGAGCCACAAACUUGACCGAUAUGAUGAGAGGAGAAAGAAUUAGAGAUCAUGAGAGAGAAUCCAGUCAUGACCAAGACCAAGCUGAUAGUUGUGACCGAGGGAGGGAUUAUGAUUGAAGGAGCAGAGAUUGUGACAGGUACAAUGAUCGAGAACGUGGUAGGGAUUAUGAGUGCUCUCGGACUUAUGAUUCUAGAAGUCACGACAGGUCAUGUUCAAGGUCUAAGGAAUGUUCCAGGGAUUAUGGUCGUCACAGGUACUUUUUUCUAUUUGUUUAUGGUUUUUUAAAGUUCAUUUUCACAUGGACUCGUGUAUGAGUCUCCUGCCAUUAUUGGUUCAUUUUUGUAAUUCUAUAUGUGCUUGUUUACAUGUCAAAUUGAUGCAUGGUUGGAUCAUAUGUAUGCUUCUUAUCAUAUUCUUCACUCAACUACCUGUAGGUCAUUUCAUUAUUUUCACAAAGAUCUAACUACCUUAGGUAAGUUUUAUCAUAGUGGAAGUGUGGAAUAGAGGGUAUAGGUUAGAAAAGUUUUGAAUUGCUUGGUGGAAUGAUUUUCAAACAGGAUUUUGUUAAAGGUAGGGCUGUAAGAAGCCAUGCUUCUCUUAACAAGUUGAACUCAAAAUAAUAAUAACCCCAGUUUGUAUUUGGUUUCUUUUAGUUAAAUAAGCAUGGGGAUAAGAGUUCUAUUAAAACAGUAUUAAAUGCUAUGAUUGGUUUCUAAUAUUGUUUCAUUAGUUUUGGAAUAUAGAAAUAUAGAAAUGGCUGUAAAUCCUGCAUGGACACAUAACGAUUCAAGGGUUGUGGUUUGGCAAACACCAGUAGAUUUGAAUGCUGUUUUUGUUUACACAUUAAAAAAUUCCUGUAAAU